AUGAAAAAUAAAACCAUGCAGACCGAGUUCAUCCUGCUGGGUCUAACAGGUGUCCCUGAACUCCAGGGGGUGGUUUUCACCUUUCUGUUCCUUGCCUAUUUGCUCAGUAUGGUGGGAAAUCUGAUGAUCCUCAUCCUCACCCUGCUGGACUCCCACCUUCAGACCCCCAUGUGUUUCUUUCUCUGGAACUUCUUCUUAGAAAUUUCCUUCACAAACAUCUUCAUUCCUAGGGUCCUGAUCAGCAUCACAACAGGAAACAAGAGCAUCAGCUUUGCUGGCUGCUUCACUCAAUAUUUCUUUGCCAUAUUCCUUGGGUCAGUGGAGUUUUACCCUCUGGCCGCCCUGUACUAUGACCACUACAUGUCUGUCUGCAAGCCCCUGCACCCAGCUGGCUCUCUGCUCCUGGCUGGCUGGGUUAACAUGGUUAUUAUACCACCAGUCACUCUGAUGAGUCAGCAGGACUUCUGUGCCUCCAACAGGCUGAAUCAUUCUUUCUGUGACUAUGAGCCCCUUCGGGAACUCUCCUGUUCAGACACGAGCCUCACAGAGAAGGUUGUCUUCCCUGUGGCCUCAGUGACCCUGGUGGUCACUCUGGUGCUAGUGAUUCUCUCCCACACGUUCAUCAUCAGGACUGUUCUGAAGCUCCCCUCUGCCUUUUCCACUUGUUCUUCCCACCUGAUUGUCAUCCCUCUCUCUUAUGGAAGCUGCUUCUUCAUGUACAUUAAGCCCACAGCAAAAGAAGCAGAUUCAUUCAACAUGGGAGCUGCUCUCCUCAUUACUUCAGCUGCACCUUGGUUGAACCCCUUCAUUUACACCCUAAGGAACCAAUGGGUAAAACAAGCCUUCAAGGAUACAGUCAAGAAGCUUACGAAACUUUAAAGAAUUUCAGAAU